AUGACACCAGACUCCAGAAUGGUGGUCAAUGGUGCAGCCGGUGGAACCAUAGGGAAGAAAAUAGCAGCUCAAACCUUAGGGCUGAUUGACUUCAUGGAAAGGAACGAGAACGCAUCAAUGGCGGUUCAACCAGUUCAACCAAAGAGGGGACUUCUGCAAUUGGGAAACAGUGAUGCAUCGUUAGCUGAACAAAAGAUCCUAUCUCAACAGAUCUCCAGUUUGAAUGCUAAGUUAGACCAGAUGCAACUUUCUACAGCUCAAGUUAACUCGGUUAACUGUGAGUAUUACAAAGGAGAGCAUGAGACCAACAAGUGUCCAACCUUGGUAGGAUCAGAUGCAUUACAAGUUAACGGAGUCUGGUAUGAACCAAAACCACUACAGAACUUCCAGAGAAACCAGAACAAUGCUCCAGGGAACAACUUCCAAAGGAGAGUUCAAGGGACAGGUUUGGAUUACAAAUCCAACCAAUAUUUACAACCUCUUCCAAUUCCACAGACUCAACCAUCUGAAUUAGAAAGAGCUUUACUACAGUUGAAAAAGACCACCAAUGAAUUCAUGCAAGAAACCAUAUCUUCUUUCAAGAAUCACGAAGCAUCUAUAAGGAAUCUGGAAACUCAAAUUGGGCAGUUGUCAAGACAAUUAGCUAAGAGAAAUCCAGGAACAUUCCCCAGUGGCACCAUAAUCAACCCAAGGGAGCAAUGCAAUGUCAUCACUACUACAAGAGAGGAUCUAGAAAAAGUGGAAGCUCCUACAAGCAAGAAUGGACACACUCAAGAAGGCAAGGAAAAAGCAAAAGAGCAACCCACUGUAGUUCAGAAGAAGCAAUGGGAUUUCUCACAAGCUCUGGAGAAAAUGCCUUUGUAUGCCAAGUUUCUGAAGGAGACAUUAUCUAAGAAGCGGAAGCUCACAGAGGAUGAACCUGUUACACUAACAGCGGAGUGCAGUGCAAUCAUACAGAAAAACUUGCCUCCAAAGUUGAAGGGUCCAGGGAGCUUCAAUGCCAGUGUGCCUCUGAUCUUUGGGAGGCCAUUCCUAGCAACCUCAGGAGCGCUAAUCGAUGUACCUAAGGGUGAGUUAAUAAUGCGCGUGGAUGGAGAGCAAGCAACAUUCAAGGUUGAGGAAAGGAACAAGAAGGAAGUCCAUCAGCAGCAUGUAGAAAGCAAGCCAAAGGUGAAGAUGGAAAAGCUCAAGAGUAAGGAAAAACAUGUGAAAACUAAGUUUAAAGUUCUUGAGAACCCUCCUCCUCAGCCACUUGCAUAUGAUCAUGGAAGGACACAAUACUGGACCAGAAAAACUGGAUCAUCAAUGGUAGUUUUAAUUUUAACAAGUCAAGUAAUUGGUGAAUUAGUGACUAUAUGGAAAAGUUUUAAAUCUGGGAAUUAG